CUCGCGCUAUAUCGAGCCGAACACGCUCUUUCUCUCUCUUUCUCUGCUCUCUCUUUCUCCUUCGACUUCGGUUCAGCCAUCGUCGAAGACAGUUCGGGAGACACCGCGAGGCUUUCCCCUCUUUCCUCGACCGAUCGCCGCGGACCCGCUGCGAUUGAUGAGGAUCUUUCGACGCUCGGUGGUCCAGGAACCGUGGAAAAGCUGGCCAGGAACGGAGUGAUCGUCGGGCCAGGCUCGACGUGGAAGAGGAAGAGGAGGUUCGAUCAUGGGUAACGCCACCACGAAGAGCCACUACUCCAAGAGCCUGCCUGUCGCUGCCACCAGGAGACCACGUUGGGAGGGAUCAGGACUUCCGGCACCACCAGGAAAGCCAAUUUUAAUACCAGGAGCGGACGAAUCACAACCGGAUGUGGUGGCCAUUCGUUGGGAGAGGUCACCGAGUAACGGUGGCUCGGCCAUCGUCGGCUACCUGGUGGAACAUCGAAGACUCGGCUCUCAGCAUUGGGUACGCAGCACGACAGGGCUUUGCACCUUUCCGGAACUGACCUUGAGCGGCCUCGAACCAGGAUGGCGCUACCAAUUCAGGGUCAGGGCUCAGAACGCGGUUGGUUUGUCUCGACCCAGCGACAUCUCGGACCCUCUGACAGUUACCUUGCAGAGAUCCGCUGCAUCCGCGCCCUAUUUUGACCUUGAGGUCAAGGAUACAACUGUGCUCGAAAAUGAACAGGCUGAAUUUGUGGUACGAUUUACCGGGUCACCGUUGCCAAAAAUCGGAUGGUUCAAGGAUGGUUUCGAGAUCUUCAGUAGUAGGCGAACAAGAAUCAUUACUGAUAGUGGCAAAAGUGUCCUUUUGAUUCAUCAAACGGCACUCAACGAUGAGGGUGAAAUAAAGUGCACUGCCACCAACAGAGCUGGCCAUGCUAGUAGCAAAGCGAGACUGAUCUUGGAAGCUCCACCAAAGAUACGACUGCCACGUCUAUACGAAGAUGGCCUCCUUUUCGAACAAGACGAAACGAUCAGAUUGAAGGUGUCAUUAGCUGGAAGACCUCCGCCUUCGGUAAUUUGGUACCAUGACGGUGAAGUGGUUUCGAAUGACGAGAGGCAUGUGUUCGAGACGAUGGACGGUGAAUCCAUUCUAAAAAUCCCUGAUGCCAAACGAAUCGACAGAGGAGAAUAUACUGUUAAGGCGAUAAAUAAACUUGGGGAAGACACGUCGUCGUUUCUGGUCACUGUGACAGAUCGACCUGCUGCACCUGGAAAAGCAACAGUUACGAUGACGUUAGGCAGAUCAGUGACACUGUCAUGGGACGAACCAGAAGACGAUGGUGGUUGCAAAAUUGGCACAUACGUCGUGGAGUAUUAUAGAGUUGGCUGGGACGUAUGGCUGAAAGCAAUCACAAGCAGACAGACCAAAGCAACGUUGUCCGAGUUAAUCGAAGGAUCCGAGUAUAAAUUUCGAGUGAAAGCAGAAAAUCCUUAUGGCAUGAGCGAGCCUAGCGAGGAGAGCGACGUAAUCUUCAUUCCAGAUUUAAAAAGAGGCAUAAUGACACCCUCGUUGAGCGGAAAGUCACAGAGUCACAGAGAAAUUAGAUCACGAGAGAAACGAGAAGUGAGUUUCGCAGUACCUAGUCAAAGAACCAGGAGUCUGACAAGAGAAGAAGCUCGAAACCGAAAUGAAGACGAUGAUGUACCUUUUGGACCAGCUAGUCGAUCGGUGUCAGCACAAAGACUAGGAGGAAGACCGUCCAGAGCCGACAGCAGGGUAACAUUUGCUUUGGACACAAUGGACAAGUCUGAGCCACCUAUUCCACCGGCUAGAUCGAAGGAUCAUUCCACUUCAAAGUUUGAGAGUCAGGUUGGGAAUCACGUAGAUCGUUCGAGUGUCAACGUAAAUGUACCAAGCAGCGAGAACUUAAAUCAAAAUAAAGAGGCUCCAGCAAUGCCAGUAUCAUUCACCACUGUGACGAUAACGCCACCAGUGGUAGAAGAAUCCAAUAAACGUUCAGCGUUCAGGGAAUCACGAUCGCGAUCGGUUUCCAUGACCAGAGAACGCAGCAUGUCACCGUUGUCGAUGCCGAAGAUCCAAGAACAGUUCGAAGAAGAAACUUCCCCGAAUUAUUCUCGUCUUCGUCCUUCGAUAAGCUUGAACCUGAACAAGCAACAGGCGAUCAUCGACGAAUCUGAACCGCAAUUAGUUAAAAGUCACUCGUUGGAUAAUAAGCCAGGAUCGCCAAACACACCAAGAGAAGACGACGACACCGCUCUGCAUGGAAGUUCGGAGUUUAUGUUAGUUUUAUACCCCGAGGAUGAAGACAGGAAACUAGGAGAUGCUGAUGAUAGACAAAAGGGUCUAGAAAGUAGACAUGCAGAAGGUGAAGAUAUGGAGGACCUAAUUCCACCGCCUAUGUCCUUUUCUCUACCUGAAUUAUUCAGCGUAGAACAUCAAGUGGUAGAAACCCUCAGAGAGGCGGUCAGUUCUACAGAACUACUCCACGAACGAGCCAUGGAACGUUUCUAUCGUGCAGUAGCAGCCGAAGAAGCUACAGAAGUUGCUAAAAGGAAAACCCAAGUCGAGAGAAGAACCGGAGAAUUGGCAUCGAUGGUUGACAAUAAACUAGACGCUGAAACAGAAGACGACACCUUCGACAGCCAAAAAUCUUCCUUCAAACGACGGCUAUCCAACCCUACCAUCACUUCUCAGAAUCUAAUCAGCUGGCAAUCGAAGAAAAAUCGCAGGAGACUCAGCGAGGGUCAGGCAGAGCCGACGAAGACACCUGUAAAGUUACUAAGCUCAACUUUAUUGCCUGACGUCGAGGCAAGGUCCGAUCCCAACAUACCCAGCGACUCGGAGACACCGAUAGUCCACCAGUGGGAACUGGACAAGCCAGAAGACCCGACUACGCCACUGCGCAGGUGGCACGACACCAACGUGCCAUUGGUCGAAAAGAAUCAGCCAGAAGAAUCGAUACCCUGGCAACCUAUCGCCAAUGAAGAGGCUCCACGCAACGAAGAUGUAUACCAAGACACUCAACUGACCUCAAAAGCAGUGAUCAAGGAAGAUGUAGCAGAAGACGAAGAAGAAGAAAGUAUCGAAACCUCCGAAGAGUCAUCAGAAGAGCUUAGCAGCGCCGACAGUGAAGACUUGAAGCUUCUGAAGACGAGAAUCCUUGCCAGGCAGGUAUUGGAGGAAGAAGACACCUAUCAUCCAAGAGGAAGACCUAUUCCGCACGUCGAACCAGAACCACCACCAGUUCCUCCUCACAGAGUACCUAUUUUGGACGUUUCUUCGGCGACACUCAAUCGAGCAGUCGUUCCUGUAUCACCAACUACCGUAGUUCCCAAAUCGAUACUGAAGAAGCCCAAAGAAGAACCGAUUCCAGUCAAUAGCUUCGGCAGACCUAUUCCACCCGAGAAACCAAUCAGAAAAACAAUACCUCCGAAUGUCCAUCCGGUACACAGAAACGAGGAUGAAGCGAAUACAGGACCACCAGUUACUCCAGAACCUAUCAAAGUACCAGUUAUGUCAGAAUCUGACACGGAUAGCGUAUUAUCGGCCGGAGAAGCUGCAAAGAAUCGCAGAAUUCAGGCGAAGAUGAGAACAGCGACACCGGAAGAAGAAAUAGACGAGGAAGAUAUCGAAGCACGAAUGGCUGUCGUGAAUCACUAUACCGAAAUUGUUAGAGAACACUCUAGUCGUUUCAGUUAUAGACCUUCAGAAGAGAGGAAACUUGGAGACGGUAUUGCUAGUUCUAGAAGAUCGUCGGUUUCAGAGGACCAAGAAAUAAGUAGUCAAAUAAGAGAUCGUUUAGAAGGUACAGUCUCUACGAAACCGAACGAGAGACGAGACGUCAGAGAGAUUCAGCCAGUUCAACAGGCGAAAGCAAAGAAGAAAACCGAAGUAGAUAAACAAGAGAAACAACAAGUUAAGAGAGGUGCUGGUUCUCGAGGAACGACUCCGGCGCGAGACACGAAGCCAGUAAAGGAAAAACGAACGAGUCGACCAUCAUCGAGGAACCAGUCUCCAGCAUCAAGGUCGAGGAACGUGUCGGUCGAAAGAGGAGUCUCCUCCAGGUCCUCGUCGAAAACCAGAGUUCGAGCACCAUCCCAAGACAGGAGACCACCAUCGAGAACAGGCUCAGAGGAGCAGAGAUUCGUUCGAGAGAAGUCGGUUGAAGAGGGUCCGCGACGAUCGAGGAGGACUCCUUCCAAAACGCGUUCCAGAUCAAGCUCUAGGGACCGGAACAGACCGGAGACACCGGUAGAACUGAAGAUGGAACGUCUGCAGAAGGCUCUAGAGAGUAAAAAGUAUCGACCGUCUAGACGUGGAUCUGUUCCACGAAGGGAUUAUCCCGAGAAAGCCUGGCGAGAGAGUCGAUUGAACGAAAAACAACUGGCCAUAGAGGCUAAACAAAAUGUCAGGUCUACGAUGGGAUACGUCACUGACCUAACUCUAUUAAUGGCGGCAGUCUACAUCUACCUGUUCAAGAAAGAGAUCAUGGCAAUUCCCUUCAUCGCAUUACUGCUGUAUAGAAGGAUCCAAUAUGAAAUCAAAGAUAGAGUCUCCGAAGCCAAGGGACCGCCGCGAUGGCUGGAGCCGGACCAGGUCCUUCCGGUCCAGGGUCGCGUUGGUGAGGACAUCGUCUUCGAACCGAAAUUACGGUGGUCCGACGUUUUCGACGAGCUACGAUUCGAAUUAAUACGCGGAGAUGUACCGAUACCGUCCGACCGAUACCGGGUACAAAUGAGAGGCAACGUUGUCCAGUUGACUCUGAAACAAUCGCAGAAGGACGACACGGGACAUUAUGCUCUCGUGGCAACGAGAGUAGGUCAAGGAUUCGACAAAGGAUCUUCAAAGAGAAUUCACCUCAGCGUAGACGAAACGAUCUCAGAAGAGGGUGAUCCACCGAUUUUCCUACGAAGAUUGACGGACCUCGCAGUUAAGGUUGGCACCAGGACUAGAUUCCUCGUGGAAAUUCGAAGUUCGACCACACCGAAGAUCACUUGGCACAGAAAUGCUGAGCCGGUCCACGCGGGUUCGCGUUUCUCUUUCGUCCACGAGGGGAACUUCUACUGCGUCGAUGUGGCACCUGUCACGGUCGAGGACGAAGGACAUUGGACCUGCAUGGCAGAGAAUCGUGGUGGACGAUCAUCCUGCACGUCUCGGCUCACUGUGAUCGUUCCGAAAGCUUAUAAGAGACCAGAAUUCGUGGAGGAGCUAAGAGCUCUUCUCACAGAGACAGGUACAGUGUCGUUGGAGUGCAAAGUUGUUGGUGUGCCUACUCCGGUGUUGAGAUGGUUCAAGGACGACAAAGAAAUCAAGGCUGGUGAUGUCUUCGCUUUAACUGCCAACCCCGAUGACCCAACUUCCCUUGGCAUUUAUACUUGCGAGGCAGUGAACUGCAUGGGAAUUGCUUAUUCCUCUUCAAAAGUACAUGUAGUUGGAAAAGGCAGCAGGGAAGGUUCUCUAAAACCAGCUGACUCCUUGACACCAUCCGGUCCUCUUCCUGUCUUCACCAAGGGUCUGCAGGACGAAUGUUGCAGGAUUGGGGACACUCUCCGGCUUUCUUGUCAAGUCCAAGUACCACCAUGGCCGAAAGGAAUUACGUGGUACAACAAGGAAGGGCGUAUCGAGCCCAACGAGAAGUACCACGUUAUGGAGGAUGGUCUUGGUGGAUACUUCAUAGCGGUGAAUCCUGUAGAAGCCAUGGACGAGGGUGAAUGGAAGUGCGUCGCCACGAGCGCUGAAGAUAUGAAACAGUUUACUACUUGCUACGUUGCAAUGUCCAUUCCAAAGAACUACAGGAAACCCCGCUUCAUGGAAAGCUUGAAAGCUGUCCUAACAGAAGAAGGUCUGGUGUCCUUCGAAUGUAAGGUAGUAGGAUUCCCCACGCCUUUGCUGAGGUGGUUCAAAGACGGCCAGGAACUAAAACCAGGAGAUGUUUAUCAAUUAACCGGGACCAACUCCUUAGGUUCCUACUGUUGCAUUGCAAGGAAUUGUAUGGGAGAAGCAAGAAGUACAGCCGAAUUAACGAUCGAAGAUAUUCAGAAUCAAUUGAACGAAGAAGGUACGAAUCAGCCGCCCAUUUUCAUCAAAGGUCUUAGAAGCUGCGAGGCGAGGAUCAACGAAGAUUUUCGAUUUACGAUACAAGUCAGUAUUUCCCCAGAGCCAAGCAUUGCUUGGUAUCGGGACGACAUGCCAGUGGACGAGAACGAGAAAUAUCAGGUUGCCAAGGAGAAUCUUGGCACUUGUCAUCUCGAUGUACAAAAGCUAGAAUUUGCCGAUCAAGCCGAAUGGAAGUGCGUGGCUUCCAACGAUCACGGACAAAGCGUCACCUCCUGUUUUCUGAAACUAAUCAUUCCCAAGCACUACAAGAAACCGAAGUUUCUCGAGGGUCUGCGCGCCAUUUUGUCAGACGAGGGUGCGGUGAACUUGGAGUGCAAAGUGAUCGGUGUGCCGCAACCGAUCCUCAAAUGGUACAAAGAUGGUGUCGAGCUGAAGCCAGGUGACAUCCACAGGAUCAUCUCUGGACAGGAUGGCACCUGUUGCUUAGGAACGUACACGUGCGAAGCGACCAACUGCAUGGGAACUGUCAGCAGUUCCGCGUCCCUGCUUGGCUUCGAGGAUAAGUUACCUGUUCAAAAGGAGAUAAAGGAACCACAGUCGCCGAAUGGACAUGAACUGGCCAGGAAUUUGUCACUGUCUACUAUUCACGAAGAAAGAACGUCCCAAUUGUACGAUACACCGCAAACCGAUCAUUCCGUCACGUUAGACGAUCGAGGAGAAGUAUCCUUCAGCUUCGAUGGCAAAGAGGUUUCUGUCAGCUUGUACGAGACGCCUGAUCUCACCGAGGAGGAAGCUCUUCAGAUCGUCGAGAUGUACGCCGAUCAAUUAUCCGAACAUGUAACAGAACACAACGUGAUCGAAUUGCCUCCAAUGCGAUUCGUCAAGGAGUCCUCGAAUUCUGGAAACCUGUUAAUGGAGGCAGUGGUGAUCGAUGUGUCUCCAGACUACUUCGUUAGCGCCGAAGAUGGCGACGAUCUUCGCACAGAAGCCGACUUCGAGGACGUUUCCAUCAUGGACGACAUAACCCGGGUCCUAUCUUCCCCAGAACACGACUCUCGCAGCUCCCUGAAGAGAUCUGCCGCGUACAGUUUAGACGAAGACGAAAAGCCGCCGACGAGGCCCCCCAGAAAGAAGUCCAGCUCUUCUUCCAAGAGCGAGAAAAGCGAAAAGAGUCAAAAAAUAGAGUCAGAGAGCUUCCACAGUGCGCAAAGGGACGAGCCAUUUUCGCCAGGAUCCCCAAUGUCUCCGGUGUCUUCGUUGAAGCAAGACGACAGCGACACCUUCGCAGAUGCACUGUCUUCAGCGAGACUAUCCAUCUCAGAGAAUCAAGUUCAAAAGAUAUACGAGGACGAUCGAGAAAGAAAACGAAGCUUCAGUGGAGAAAAGACAGCUGGUUCCAGCAUAGAUGACGGCAUAGGAGGAGAUUCUUCCUUCGAUUCUGUCACAGGUGUAGCCAAAAAGAAGAAACACAGAAAGAAGAAGCACAAAAGAGAGAAAGGCAGCUCCGAGGAAUCCUCGAUCGGCAGUGAAAUCGAUGGAAAACGAAAAGGAAGCGGAUCAGAGAGCGCUAACACCGAAAUGCUGCAACGCAUAGAGUCCAUAAACAAGACUGAGGAACCUUACGUGGAAGACGUAGCUGACAAAUCCAGCGAGAGGAAACAGACCACCAGCGAAUCCGAAAAGUCUUUGACGAAAAGCAAUAAAGAGAGGUUACUGGACAACAUGACGAGGCUGAAGGAACCUGUUCUCGUCGUUCGAGACACCCUAGUCUGCAUCGAUGGCCUGGAAAACAAACUGAACUAUGGUAGCGAAGAAGAGUGUAAAGCGUUAGUGACAGAGAACAUUAUCAAACCGAUUCAAAGUCUGUGCGAGGAAGUGUCUUCUAUAGAGACGAAGGCAUUGAAGAAUGCAGGAGAUAGGUCGUUGAAUCAAACCGUUCGAAUCUCUUUGUUGGAAGCAAUAGGUGGACCAACAGAGGAGCUUCUUCGUGGCAUGGAAUUGAUAGAGCGCCAAGAGAACGUCAAGAACCGUAGGAUGGACCUGAUCGCGAUUUUAGAGAGUCUGACGGAUCCUGUGGACGAGAUUCUCAUGGGAAUCACGAAGAUAGAGUUCGAAUUAACAGGUCGGGCAAGAGGUGAGAAACCUAUUGCUCUGAUCAGGAUGAUAUCUGCGGUUUCCAAGCUGGACGCCAAUGUCAGGAACAUCCUAACUGUAGACAAAAGAGCUACGAGACUGGUGGCUAGCUUGGAAGAUAUUCUCGGCACGUUAGACUUCUUCCUGAACGACGUUUCUGUGGACCCGACUAAAGGAACUAUAGAGACUGUAGACACUGUAGUGGUCGAAUCUCUGUCAAAAUCUGUAGAAGACAUGGCACGAGCCCUCGGUCGUUUCUCGACUAUCGAAGCCAAGGUGAAAGAGACCUCUAAAAUCGUAGACGAACUUAUACUCCCAACGCGUGAGUUAAAAGCUAAGCUAGAUACUUUGAAGUCUGCUUUGGAGACUUAUGAGACGAAAGGUAUUUUAUCCGAGCAUCGUACGAAGCUGAUCGAAUCUCUAAGAGAUUCUGUCGGGCUAACUAUCGACGAGAUGCAUAGAGUAAAGAAGACAGUCGAGGAGCAGAGAUCGGCAGUCGAGGAACCCAAGCAGGAUACCCUGAAGGAGGUUCGACUGACUCUUCAAGAAGCAUUAAAGUCGUAUGAAAACGUGGCUGGUACUCUCGAUCCUCGACUCUCCACGAUUUUCGAUCGAGUCGACGAGAUGUACAGAAGGCUGAGAACGCCUCAAAAGCGUGAGACGAGUGUUGAAUUGUUAAUGAACCUGGAAGGUCCUCUCUAUUCCCUUCAAUGCGCUUUGACUUCAGUGCCGAUCGCUGACAAUGACAAACAGGUGUUCAAGCUUCUGGAACCCGCCCUUUCCCAGUUGAAAGCAGCGAUAACGAAUCUGAACGAAAGUUCCUUGCAACCUAUGUUGGAGAUGGUGCGCAACAUCGAGAUGAUCGUUGGCGGACCGGAGAAGGAAGUGGAAGAAACAUCCUCGAAAUCGACGACGCAGGAAGAGGCUCAAAAUUUAACAGAAAGGAUUUUAGAUUCUCUGAUAGACGUGCAAUCAGCUCUCAGUACUGCUCUACAAAACAUAGAAGAGGUGGAGUCAGUUACCAAUGGAGCAACGAGUUCUCAAAAAUUACUGGCCUCUUCUGAGAUAGCUGCUUGCUUAGUGGAGCUGAGACAAUACGUAUCCGAUACUGCUCAUACAGCAAUGACACUGAGAGAAGACGAGACACUGAACAGUUUGAUGGACCUGAAAGAACCUCUGAUGGAGCUUCAAAGAACUCUAGCGUCGAAGGGAAGAACGAUUCAGGAACUUCCAGUGAUUCGUAAAAUAUCAGUUCCCGUGGAAAAACUCAAGGUGGUCGUAUCCAAAGUGAUGCAUCACUGUGAGUCUCAGGAAACUCUCAAGUCGAUAACAGAACUACGAAAAAUGAUGGAAGAUAUCGAGAUUCAGGUGCCAAAGACGGUGGCUCAGUUGAUAGAAGCUGACGAAGCUACGAAACACUACUUGGAAAAUCUAAACGUGGAUCAGAAUCUAAGCAAUGUCCACUUUGCUCUGUCAUCAACCUUGGAAAGACACGAAAGGAGUUUCCCUUCUUUCACCUCUAGUUUGACUAUCUGUGUUGAAGACUUGCGACAGAAUAUCGGCUCAUCCGCAGUGGCGAUAGCCAAUUUGAAGAAUCCAAUCGACGAACAGAUCAUAGGACAAAUUUAUCUUCUGAAAGAAUCUCUACUGAGUCUUCAGAGGUCUUUAUUGACCCAAGAACACGAACCCGAGGAAGAGCAGAUUUUGAAGGAUCUGAUAAUCCCAAUCGAGAAGCUGAAGGUUCUGGUUCAGAGCAUGGUGAACAGUGACGCGAAGACAGACACGAUCCUCCCAGUCCUAGAGCUUUUGGAAGAAAUAGAGAAGGACACGCCGCUGAUAGCAAAAGAGGCGUCAAAGAAGAAGGCUCGGAGGGAGGCAGAGAAAUUGAUUCCUAAGGAGGAAGAAUCCAAGAGACAAAAGGUACAAACGUUUGGUCUGGCAGAUAGAAUCAGUCGAUCAUUGGACCCCAUGAAACACUGGCUAUCUACUACAUCUGAGGAUAGUAUGAAAGACGAGGAAGAAUCAGGUCUGAGUUCGACCGUAGAUGAAUUGAAGAGAGACGUGAACAAGAUUGCCAUUGAAACUUCGUAUUCCGAACCACCGAGUGAUGAAAAUUUGAUAGAAGCCUUGGUAGACCUUCGAGAACCAUUGCUGAGGUUACGAAAUGCCAUAUCGAUGUACCACGAGCCGGCAGACUUGACUACCUUGGAAGAUUUGGGUAGACCGAUGAAGUAUCUCGUGCAGACUAUCAUGGACAUCCUUCGUGACCACACUGAGGAAGAGUCUCUUAAACCUAUAGUCGAUAUAGUGGAAGAAAUCGAAAACCAGAUACCUAUUUCCAUCAAAGAGGCUCUGUACAGAAAGGAACUGAAAGAAAUGGUAAAGACGAUGAUACAGGAAGAGAAGGAAAUGGUGGAAGCAACGACUUCUCAAGAAACCAUUCAGGAAGAGUCCAUCCCUCGGGAAACGAUUCUUCACGAGGAGAAGGAAAUGGUGGAAGCAACGACUUCUCAAGAAACCAUUCAGGAAGAGUCCAUCCUCCAGGAGACGAUUCUUCACGAGGAGAAGGAAAUGGUGGAAGCAACGACUUCUCAAGAAACCAUUCAAGCAGAGUCUAUUCCACAGGAGACGAUCCUUCAAGAGAAGGAACUGGUUACUGCACACACUUCUCAAGAAACCAUACCCGAAGGCACUCUAAUGGAAAGCACAACGCUGUUGCCUGAAACACAAUUCGCACAAUCGAUCGUCGAACAGACCACAGUCGAUGAUGUCAGUUCUCAGAGAACGGAACAAUUGGUCACGACGAUAGAAGAACUACCAAAGUCAAAGGAAGACGUGGAAAAGAUGAAAAAGGAACAAGAGGCGAAGAGUUUGAUCAUUUCGCUAUCCAAGACUUUAGAAAGCGUUGGGUUAGACAUAGCUGGUAUUUUGGAAGACUUUGAAGAGCCUACGGCUGGAAUUACUGCCAUUCCAGUUUCUAUAUUAGCAAAUUCUCUGGAAGAACUCAGGAAAACGAUCUUCAUGAUGAGAAUGGCAACUGGAACCUACGGAGGAUCGGUAGAAUCCUACGAAGAAGUAGUUAGUCAGACCGUUUCCAUGCUGCAAAAUCUUCUACAGCCUCUGAACGAUCUUCAGAUAGUCCUGCAACAGUCACACCAACACGGCGCUCACGAACUCUUAAUCUUGAACCAUUUAAUUCAACCCCUCAACGCAAUCGAAUCAGACGUAGUCAAUCAUGCGAUUCAGAAACUUGGCCAAAAUCCUGAGUUAAAAAAGAACUGUGAACCGAUUUUCAAUCUACUCAGAGACAUCAAAGACAUCGUUCCAAUCGUCGUGAAAGACAUACAUUCGAGACAAGAGCUUCUUGGAUCUCUUCGUGAGAUUUCUAAGCCUUUGGAGAACAUCGAGGAACGAAUGAAGAUGCUCGAAAUUCAGGACGAAGAAACCCUAGAGACAGACGUAGCGAGAAUCCUGGUGCAACCCUUCGAUUACUUAUUAAACACCAUCAAAGUCACUUCUCAGGAAGUACAACUGUUAGACCAACGAAGAGCAAUUGUUGUAGAGUUACAAAGUCUCGCUGAGCCUCUAGUGGAAUUCUUGAGCAGUCUGUCAGUGGUUCAAAGUAGUCGAAAGAGCUUAGUUCCAGAGGCAGCCUUGCUGGACGAGCGAAGAAACGUAAUCUCCAAGUCUGUGGAAGGUCUCCAAAGACAAACUUCGACCGUUUUAGAGAGAAUUUCCAAUCUAGAGGGAGCAACGUUGUUCGAAGAAGCUUUGAUCCCUUUGAAGAACGCUACUGUCUCUGUACAGAAGCAGAUUGGCAAAACUGAUUACUCGCGAAGGUCCAGCAGCGCGGAAUUCAGUCUUCAUUAUAAUCUUUCGAUGUCGUUCGAUCAUUUAAAGAACACAAUUGCGACCUUGGAGGAAAAAGUAGAGAAGCCAAUUAAAGAAGUGAUUUCAAAGUCCUUGGAAGCUUUGCAAAAGCAAAUUACCUUGUCACAGACGUAUUUCAUGCAAACUUACAACGAACAAGCAAUUGACGAGGAAGUUAUCGUCGAAGGAUUCCUUUAUCCGACCAAUCAGCUUCGAUCAGCACUGAACACGUUGAAAGAAAAAAUCGAUCAGAAAGCGAUACCAUCGGUUUCUGUCCAGUUCGUAACUCUUCUUCAGGCUUUGGCUAGUUCUACAACCGAGCUGGCUACUUCUCUGUCUCUUCAUCGGGUUCAGCUAAUUCGUGAAGGUGCAUCAGACGGUUCCUCGUUGGUGGAAACGUUAACUGCUAUGGUGGACGUUUUGGAGAGUGUAAAGGAAUCUAUAACGGAAAUUGAAAGGGUAGCAGAUGUGAAGAAGAUAGAAGAAAAGGAAGAGAAGAAGGAGGACAAGAAAGGUGAAGAUGAGAUUAUUUCGUCUGGGGUGCCGAUUACCAUUACACAGAUCGAGACUAUCAUCGAUGAAAUUAUUGAGGUUUCCAAGGAGGAAGUGGAAAGUGUGUUGACCAUAGAGAAAGUGUCGCCUGAAAGAGAAUUAGAAAAAAUAAAAGAGAAAAAAUUGGAAAAGAUUGACGAGGAGAAGAGUGUAUUAAAGGAUAUAGAAGAUAUUUUAAUUAAAGAGAGUGGAAUGAAAGGUACUGAAAAACUAGAAAUAUUUGAAGGAAUGAAAGAAGUUAAGCCUCCUGAAGUAACUAAAACAGAUGAAAAAGAUGUGGUUCUUGUAGGAAAGAAAAAAGAAGAAGAAAUUAAAGCUCCUGAAGUAAAGAAAGAAGAAAAGGCUGCAGUAGUUAAAGAAAUGAAAGAAGCAUUGGUUGAAUCUCUUGAAGAAAUGGCAGAAGAGAAAGUGAAGGCUCUUGAAGUAAGUAAAGAAGAAAGGGUUGAAGUUUCUGAAUUAAUAAAAGAAGAGAGAGCUGGAGCUGCUGAACUAACGACACAGGAAAAAAUUGAGGUACUUGAAGAACAACGUAAAGCUCUUGAAGCGAUAAAAGAAGAAAAAGUUGAAAUACUUCCGGAAAUGAAAGAAGAAACAAUUGAAACACUUGAAGGAAUGAAAGCAGAAGGAGCUAAGGCUGUUGAAAUAAUUAAAGAAGAUGAAGCGCUUGCUGUAACGAAAGAAGAAAAAAUUGAAAUCCUAGAAGAGAAGAAAAAAGAAAAAGCUACAACUCCCGAAGAAGUAAAAACAGAGAAAGUUGAAACUCUUGAAGCAGUAAAGGAGGAAAAAGUGGAAGCUCUAGAGAAGAUAGAAGAAGAAAAGUCUAAAGCUACAGAAUUAACCCAAGAAGAAAAAGUUGAACCUCUUGCAGUAAUGACAGAAGAACAGGUAGAAGUUUUAGAACAGAAGAAAGAAGAAAAAGAUACAGCUUCUGAAGAAGUAAAAACAGAGAAAGUUGAAACUCUUGAAGCAGUAAAGGAGGAAAAAGUGGAAGCUCUAGAGAAGAUAGAAGAAGAAAAGUCUAAAGCUACAGAAUUAACCCAAGAAGAAAAAGUUGAACCUCUUGCAGUAAUGACAGAAGAACAGGUAGAAGUUUUAGAACAGAAGAAAGAAGAAAAAGAUACAGCUUCUGAAGAAGUAAAAACAGAGAAAGUUGAAACUCUUGAAGCAGUAAAGGAGGAAAAAGUGGAAGCUCUAGAGAAGAUAGAAGAAGAAAAGUCUAAAGCUACAGAAUUAACCCAAGAAGAAAAAGUUGAACCUCUUGCAGUGAUGACAGAAGAACAGGUAGAAGUUUUAGAACAGAAGAAAGAAGAGAAAGGUACAGCUCCUGAAGAAAUAAAAAAAGAAAGAGUUGAAACUCUUGAAGCAGUGAAGGAGGAAAAAGUGGAAGCUCUAGAGAAGAUAGAAGAAGAAAAGUCUAAGGCCACUGAAUUAACCCAAGAAGAAAAAGUUGAAUCUCUUGCAGUAACGAAAGAAGGACAGAUCGAAAUUCUGGAGGAGAAGAAGGAAGAAAAAGUUACAGCUCCAGAAGAAAUAAAAAAAGAGAAAAUUGAAACUCUUCAAGCAGUGAAGGAGGAAAAAGUGGAAGCUUUAGAAAAGAUAGAAGAAGAAAAGUCUAAGGCCACUGAAUUAACCCAAGAAGAUAAAGUUGAACCUCUUGUGGUGAUAGCAGAAAAACAAGUCGAAAUUCUGGAAGAGAAGAAAGAUGAAAAAGCUACAGCUUCCGAAGAAAUAAAAAAGGAAAAGGUUGAAACGCUCGAAGGAAUGAAAGAAGAAAAAAUUGAGGUACUUGAUGAACAAAAAGAGAAAAAAGUUGAAGCUCUUGAAAUAAUUCAAGAAGGCAAGGCUGAUUCUCUUGCAGUGUCGAAAGAAGAAAAGGUUGAAAUCGUGGAAGAAAAGGAAAAAGAAGAAGCUUCAGUUUCUGAAAUUAAAAAAGGAGAAAACGUAGAAGAAAUAAAAGUCGGAAUAGUUGAAUCUCUUGAAGGAAUGGAAGAAGAAAAAGCUGGAGAUCUUACGACAAUGAAACAAGAAGCAGCAGAGGCUGUUCUUAAGACUACGGAGCAAUUGUUAACAGCAGAAGGAAAGCCUGAGGUAGUAUCGGAAAUAGCAGAGGUAGCAAAGAAGGAGGAAGAAAAAGUCGUAGACAAGACAGCAACAGAAAUAUCAGAAAUCAAAGAAGAAAAGAUAGAGGAACAAGUCCAAAGGGAAAAAGCUGCAGAAUUAUCAAAAGCGGAUGAAUUACCGAAAGAAGCAUUAAAAGUAGAAACAUCUGAAAAAGCAGCAGAGGUUGUGAAAGGUGAAGAAAAAGAAAAGGAAACCUUGGAAAUAAAGACGAAAGAACACAGUACAGAUGUAAUAUCUGCAAAAGUAGAAGAAAAAGUUGAUACUAUACAAGAAGAAACCAAAGAAAUAGCCAAAAAAAAGGAGAGCGUAGAGAAGAGUGAAGAAGUGAUGCAGAAAGAAUCGAAAGCUGAAAAAGCAGAAGAUACGAUCAAGAAGGAAGAAUCUGUUCAAAUAUUAGCUGAAAAAACAGAAGAAUUAAUAAUAACAGAAGAAAAAGUAGAAAGUUUACCUGAAACUACAAAGGAAUUGGCAAAGGGCGUGGAGAAAGUGGAAAUUUCGCUAGAAGAAGCGGCAAUAAAAGAGGAAAAGCCAGAAAUUAAAUCAGCACAAGCUGAAGAAAAAUCGAAAGAACUAAUAAGGAAAGAAGAACAAAUGGAAACGCUGGCAAAAAGGUCAGAGGAAGUAUCCAAAAUUGAAGAAAGUAAAGAAGAAAUUGAGAAAAAGCCGGAAAAGGUAGAAGAAGCAGCAAAAGAAAAAAAAAUGGCAGAAAAAUCUGAAGAACCAACAGAAGUGGUAGAGAAAGAAGAAACCACAGACAUAACAUCCAAAGAAUCAGGAGAAGCAGUGAGACAAGAAGAAACGAUAGAAGUUUUAAGUCAGAAAGUAGACGAGUUUGCAAUUAAAGAAGAGAAAUCGAAAGAAGACAGCAAACAGGUUAAAAUAAAUCUCGUUCAGAAAACAGCGUCAUCGAUUAACACUAUGCAACAACCCUUCAAGGAUCUAACUAAUCUCCUAACUGUGGCUCUAGAAGAACCUCUUACCUCAAAGUCUGAAGAAGAAAAACGAAGACUUCGUGAACUGACUGCUCUCAUACAAAUCCUCUAUGAUUUAAAAGCUACCAAUAUAUCUAUUAAGAACACCUUGUCUUCUUCCUCGAUCCCGGAACUACAAACACAAUUUCUUCGUCUCCUCGACUCGUUAAUAAACGUGGAUCAAGCUACUGAAAAAGUCCUCUGCUUGACUCAAAAAGACCUGGCACCAGCAUUGAAGGAAAACGUUAUGGUGUCUCUGCAAAUGCUUCUGGAACCUCUGGAAUCCCUCCUACGUGAACUAUCUUCUAUCCAACAAACGGCCACGCAACUUUCCUCGGAGUACUUCCCAUUGUCCACGAACACUCAAAGCAUAAAUGAAACAAUUACUGAACUCGUAAAAGUGAUACGCAAGACGGCUGAACUGAAGCGUAUGAAAGUAGUCGAAGAGAUCAAAGAGAUGGCAACGAAGUCGAGAAAGCAAAGCUUGGACAUCGAAGAAACGACAGCGAAGCCUCUGGAGGAACUUAUGGAAGUUCUCAUAGCCUCACAGGAACAGAUAAAACCCGAUGAAACCGCUCCUCUUGAUCUCGUUCCGCCUACGUUAGAGUCAGCUAAAAUGGUCGAGCAGGAAAAGUUAAUCGGCGCGGAAGAAAUAAAAUUAGAGACAGAACUCGUGACAAAAAUAGUCAGUCCGAUACAAAAUUUGCGUGAAAUGGUUGCAAAGAUCGAAGAACAGAAACUGGAAGAGACUGAAGCUUUGGAUCUGUCUACGAUGAAGACAGCUGCUGCUAUUCUAAGCUCCAUUAUGCAUCCUCUGGAGGAAUUAGAGCAAUCCUUGAAUAUCUCUGCUCAGCAACAAACUAUAGAAAUCAAAGAAGUCGCGGAAGAAAUGGAACAGCAUGGUCCACCCUUGCAGUCAUUGCCAGUUGCCAAUGCCCUGAACGAACUGAUGAGAUCCAUCGCCACGAUUCAAGAAGAAGUGAUCCUGGAAGCCAGCGAAGAAGUGAAAACAUCAGAAAGCAAAGCGUCAGUCGUGAAAGAGGUAGAACAGUCGCUGGAGAAUCUCAAAUUUUCGGUCGGUGCUGUGCAGAAAAUGGUAACCACCGAAACAGAAAGUGCGGAACCACUUUCCAAAAUGGAAAAGGCAUUGGCUGUGGAAACGUUCGUCGAAUCGGUGAAAGAACUGGGAGAGAAGUGCAUGACAUUUGUCAGCCAACCCACAAUUAAGGCUCAAGCUUCGGAAACAACCCAGAAAGAAGAAUUACAGCAGGUUCUGGAAAUGAUGGUUCAGCCUAUUCAAUUAUUACGCGAAACUACCUCCGAGGUUGAAGAACAGAAAACAGAAGAGUUGCAAACUAUGGAUCAGACGAGUAAGAAGGCAGCAAAAGCUCUGAAACCCUUGGUUCAUCCUCUGGAAGAACUGGAGCAAUUAUUGUGUUCAGUAGUGCAAGCAGUGAGUGCGCCACAAGCCGAAGGUACUGAAGAGACGAAGGAAACUGCUUCCUCUGCAGAGAAGUUGGAGCUUGCUCCCAUUUUAGAAGAACUACAGAAAUCUAUCGUUGUGAUAGAGGAACAAGUAGCCUCUCAGCCAAAGAAGCUUGACAUAUCCAGCACAAAAGUAGAAGCUUCCGUCGCUGAACUGAUAGAAAAUCCACUGGAGAACCUGAAAUCCGCUGUGACAGCCAUUCAGACUCUCGAAGUGGAAGAAACCAAAGAACUAACAAAUGAAAAGAAGACGACAGCUCUUAAAGCGUUCGCUAAAUGCGUGGAAGAAAUAGGAAAAGUGUGUUCUGUGGUCUCUAGUCAGAAGAAAGCUGAGACGAGUAUCAUGCAACAGCCACAAGUGGCCAAACUGGAUGUACAAGAGUUUGGUCAGCAAGCUCUCGAGACUAUAACAAGUCCAAUUCAAGUUCUACGCGAGACAGUCUCUAAACUUGACGAACAGCAAACACAAGAGGCUGGAACUCUAGUUAUGCCUGAAACGAAAGAAGCAGUAGAUGUCUUGCACACUUUGGUCGAACCUUUGGAACAGUUAGAGAAGUCUCUAUCUGUAGCUGUUGAACAAAUGAGCACGAUUAAAGAAGAAUCUACCUCAGAAAUGAAGGAUGUCCAAUCUUCUGUGAAAAUGAACGUCGAGCCUGUUUUAGAACAGCUGCAAAAGUCGAUAGCUGUGAUCCAAGAACAAGUCUCCUUGGAACCUUCUAAAGGGGAAUCAAGGGAAAAAUUGGAGUCAUCUGUUGCAAAAGCUAUAGAAGAACCGCUAGAGCAUUUGAAGACUUCAGUGGCAGCUGUUCGAGAGAUAAUGUGCGAAGAGACUGAGCAAACUGCUGAUCUAUCAAACGCAGAUAGAACUUCGAUCUUGCAAUCCUUUGCGAAGUCCGUGGAAGAAAUCGGUCAGCAGUGUUUGGCUGUGAUUUCUCAGCAACAGGUUGGAAUCCAAUUAGUCGCUAAAAAACCAGAAGAACCUGAAACAGAAAUCUUAGAAAUGGCUAUUGGUUCUCUUCAAGUAUUAAGAGAAGCCAUCAGCAAGAUAGAAGAAGAAAAGAUGCAACAAGUCGAAGCUCUCGAUUCCACCAAAGUAGCUGAAGCAGAAAACGCGUUGAAGGUCCUAAUAGAACCUCUCCAAAAAUUAGAAACUUCGUUGUCUUCCGUUGUCCAACAAGCAGUCUCGGCGAAAGACGAGAAAACUGAGGAGAUACCCGAGACAUCUUUGGAAAAAUUAGACAUUUCACCAGUCGUGGAAGAACUCCAGAAAUGCGUGGCAACGGUGCAGGAGCAGGUGAAGCUGCAAACGACGACAACGGUGUCCAUUGAGGAAACUUCCCUCAUGAAGGCUACCGAGAAGUCAUUGCAGGACCUGAAUUCCUCUCUUACGAUCAUUCAGAGCGUGGUCACCGCCGAAUCGAACGAAGAAGAAAAAUUAUCAGACACAGAGAAGGUGACAGCCUUGCAGCACUUCGCCAAAUCGGUGCAAGAACUCGAGGAAUGCUUGGCGGUGGCUAGUCAGCAGCAGGUAGAGGUGAAGGAAGCAGUGGUGGAGUUAGAGGCUGAAAAACUGGAUGCACGAGUUCUCGAGACGAUUAUCGUGCCGGUUCACACGCUGCGUGAGACCAUUAUGAGGAUACAGGAAGAGACCGUACAAGAAGUAGGCAUACUGGAAGCAGAAAAGGUGAACGCACAGACGUUGACUCCGUUGGUGCAUCCUCUCGAGGCGUUAGAGAGGUCCCUGGUGAACGUGGUGCAGCAGGCAAGUGGUCAGAAGUUGGAAGCUGUGGAAGAGAUGAAAGAAGAAACGCCAAAAGCGAUGGUUCUUCGACCAGUCCUGGAAGAGUUGAAGGAAAGCAUCGCUGCCAUUCAGGAGCAAUUAGCUAUGAGUCCUGAGGUAUCUUCUAAAUUGGAAGCUGCCAAGAACAUAACCGAAGCGAUCGAAGAAGUGAAGGCAACUGCUACCGCUGUUCAACAGGUAGUCGCUGUUUCGUCGGAACGAACUGAAGAAAUGAAACCUGAAAAAGCUCUAAAAGACUUUGCUAAAUCGAUAGAACAGCUAGAAGAACGAUGCAGCGCGGUAAUUAGUCAGCAGAAAACGGAAACAAAAUUAAAAGAAGCUGAAAAACAGCAGGCGAAGAUGGUGGAGGUUGAUGUUCUUCAGAAGAUUAGCACCACGGUUCACGUUCUCCGCGAAUCUCUGUCGCAAAUCGAGGAAGAGAAGAUGCAACAAGUGGAAGAAUUACAGACACCAAAGGAACAGCAAGCUGGCGUGAAUCUGAACAUUCUUAUUGAACCUUUGAACGUAUUAGAGCAGGCUUUGUUGACUGCAGUGCAGGAAGGUAAAGUAAUGGAAGAAGAAACUGCGAAAGAUUUGAAGAAAAGCGAAGUUUCUAUGGAGAAAUUGAAUCUGCAACCUGUUUUGGAAGAAUUGCAAAAGUCUAUAACUAUAAUCCAACAACAAACGAGCGAAAGUGCAUCAGCGUCAGCAGAAAUUAGCGAAGUUAGCUUGGUUAAGGCAGCUGAGAAGUCCUUGGAAGAAAUGAAGAUAUCACUGGCAGCUGUUCAAGAAAUUGCAACUUCUCAGCAAGAUCAAGCAAAGGAACUGAGAACAGGCGAAGAGAAAUCUCGAAUGGAAGCUUUCGCACAGUCAGUGGAAGAAGUUGGAGAGAAAUUAUUAGCCGUGGUGAAACAACAGGAAGUAAGAAAAGCUACAGAAGUUCUAACGAAGAAAAAAGUGAAAGAAGAUUUCGUCAAGACUGUAAUCGAACCGAUUAAUGAACUGCAAGAUACAAUCUUAUCCAUGGACAAAGAAAGUGAAUUAUUAGGCAAGAAGAAGGAACAAGAAGCUGUAGUUUUAACGAGCAUGGUGCAGCCUCUUCAAAAGCUCCAAAAAUCACUAUUGUCGGCCAUGCAGGUGGAGUCGACAACCGAAUACGAAACCGUUAAAGACAUUUCUCACGCAAUUCCAGCGUUGCAAGAAUUGCCUGUGAAGCCUGCAUUGGAAGAACUCAAUGAAAACGUGGCUGAAAUUCAAAAACAAUUGAUCCUUGCCAAAGAAAUGUUAAGUUCAACAGGAGAUUCCGAAGAUUUCGCUGCGAUAAAGAAUCUAGAAGGAGCUUUGAGCGAUCUAAGAACGUCUGUAGCUAUAGUCCAACAGUUGACGAUGAUAGAGAAGGCUGAUCAACAAAUUUUGGACGUCGAAAACACGUCUGCCUUGCAAACGUUUGGAAAAGCCGCAGAAGAAUUCAAGAAGCAAUGUUCGAUAGUUAUUUCAAGACCAAAGGUGAUGGCCACAAUUAUAGGAAAAAUCCAGUUAGAACAGCCAACGAAACUCCAGGCUCAAGUAUCGGAAAGUGUUCUCGUACCCGCGAAAUUAUUGCAAGAAUCCAUCUCUACGAUAGAAGAAAUAAAACUUCAAGAAGCAGAGGUACUGCAGACGUCAGAAACGAAGAAACCUGUGACCGUUUUGAGCGAACUCAUACCACCUCUGCAACGUCUAGAGCAAUCUUUCGUCGCAGCCAUUCAGGGUGAACACGUUAUGGAACAAGCUACAGAGAAUUUAGAAGCAGAUCAAGUGCCUUUCGAGAAAGCAACUCUGAAACCGAUACUCGAAGAGUUCCAGAAGUCAAUCGCCGCAAUUCAAGAGCACAUGAUGAUCGAAGAAGGAGUACAAAAUUUAUCCGAAGUCGAAGACGCUUCUCAAUUGAAAACAAUGGCGCAAACGUUGACAGAUCUGAGGACCUCGGUAGCCGCCAUUCAACAGGCCACCGAGUCUGUUCCAGAAGUUGCGAAUGAAUUGUCCAAGAAGGAAAGUGUAUCUGCUUUCGAAACGUUUGCCAAGUCUCUUCAUGACCUGGUCGAACGAGUGGCUACCAUCGAUCAUCAGCAGAUGGUCAUCGAACCUGCAGCCGACACGAUAUCAGAAGACGUGUCGUCUUUGAAGACCUGGGCUGAAGUCGUCGAGGAACAAAGCGUUCAGAUCACGAAACCGAUGAUCGUGGACCAGGGUACCAUAGAGUCGCCUUCGGAGAUGGCACUAUCGAUCUCGGAAGAAGAGGCUCAAGUGUUGAAAGGCUUGGCGAAACCUCUGAGCGAACUGAAGGAGUGUCUGGCGAUAGUUGUCGAGGAACGAAAGUCGAUAGAUGCAAACGAGGUUGCACUUGCAUUGUCAGUGAAAGAAGAUCUGUCUCUGCUGAAGACUAUGGCGCAACCUCUGUUGGAAUUGAAAAAUGCAGCCGUGUCUGUCAUCCACGAGCAAACAGCCAUCGAGUCUGCGAAAGAAAAAUCAUUCGAUACGGAAGAAAGGACAGAGGCUACGCUGAACCCACUGAUCGAGCCUCUGGAAGAACUUUGUAAUUCGAUUGCGAUAAUAGAGGAUCGUAUGUUGAUAGAAUCAACGGAAGAUCGAGCAGUGGAAGAAAUAUCACUACUGGCAGCUUUAGCUGAACCUCUAAUGACGCUUCAUAGGAGUAUUUCCGUAUUGGAAGAACGAGUGAUGUCUCCAGACGUAGAAUCGAUACCUGAGGAAUCGAUGAGUUGGAUCACGGAGUGUUUGGCUGUUCCUCUGCAAGAGAUCGAAAGAUCUAUAGCUGAAAUUCGAGAAUGCGUCAUAGUGGAGCCUGCACUUGGAAUUGCUGAAGAACUUUCGAGGAUCGCGACUCCAGAUUGGUCGGUGGUUGAGAAAUUAGUGGAACCAGUGGAGGUUAUAAGGUCGACUAUCAUUGAAAUGGAGGGAAGUAUAAUUGGAAGUAAAAAGGCUAUAGAAGAUAUUGAAUACGAGACUGUGAAAACAUUGGUGCAACCUCUGACUGAGGUGCACGAAAGCUUCUUGGCGCUUAAAGAUAAACCUGAGAUGAGUAUAGACGAAGAAGAAGCUAGUAUCGACGCUAUCGUAGAUUCACUCUCCAAUCUCGAGAAGAGUAUAUCAUUUAUCGAAGAACAGGCUGCUGAGAAGGUACACAUGACAACAAGUAUCGAAGAAACGAUAAUUGGAGUUUUGGUCGAGUCUCUGACGCAGCUGAAGGAAAAGAUUAUGACAGUAGAAGAGUCCCCGACAGUGUAUCUUGAAAAUUUAGAGAAGCCAUUGAAGGAAGUGCAGGCUGCUUUGGAAGUUGCUGCGACUGUUCAACGUCAGAAGAAAAAGAAGAAGAAGGAGACUACUGUUUCUGUGGAAGAAACUAUUAAAAUAUCGACGAAACUGAUAAACUCUAUUAAAGAAAUGAAUGAUUCUAUUACGUCGAUUGAUAAUACGAUAGAAAGCUACAAAGGUUUGCUGGGAGUGGAGAUUCAGAAUGAGAAAGAAGCUUUGAAGACAUUGGUUAAACCUCUAGAACAACUUCAGCAAGGAAUUCAGAGUGUGUUGGAGAAGGCUGAGAUUGAAGAAGCGUCAGUGAAUUCAUUGAAAGAACUUCAAAAGACUAUUGCUACUGUCCGACAGCAGUUUGUCGAUAAACCUGCAUCUGAGUCACCACAAUCAGAACCGGUGAAUGUUGUUGGGAUAUUAAAGAGCGUGAUGCCAAGUUUGAACGAGUUAGAAGGGUCUACUGAGAAGGCUGAGACAUUGUGGAAAGAAAGUUUAAGUGGAGAAGGCCUCAUGGAGCUGGAAACCCCUAUCUCAAAUUUAAUGAACGCCGUAAACAUGCUCCGUGGCAAAGUGUUAAACAUAGAGCUAGUGUGGGAGACAGAUGAAGAGAAAAAGAAAGACAAGAAAGAAAAGAAAGAGAGAGUUGAGGAAGAGAAAAAGGAAGCUGAAAAGUUGAUGGAAGAGGAAGAACGACGGAAAAGGGAAGAAGAAGCCGAGAAACAGAAACAAGAGGAAGAAGAGCGCAAAAAGAAAGAAGCUGAAAAACUGAAACAGGAAGAAGAAGAACGAAAAAAGAAAGAAGCUGAAAAACUGAAACAGGAGGAAGAAGAACGCAAACAGAAAGAAGCUGAAAAACUGAAACAGGAGGAGGAAGAACAAAAACAGAAGAAAGAAGCUGAAAAAUUGAAACAGGAAGAACAACGGGAAAAACAAGAAGCUGAAAAGCAGAAUCAAGAAGAAAUGGAACGAAAAAAGAUCGAAGAAGCUGAGAAACUAAAACAACAAGAAGACGAACGAAGGGAGCAAGAAAAGAUGGAAAAAUUGAAACAGGAAGAAGAAGAGCGCAGAAAGAAGGAGGAAGAAGAGAAACUAAAACAAGAAGAAGAGGAAAAGAAAAAGCACGAGGAAGAAGAGCGCAAAAAGAAAGAAGAGGAAAAACUCAAACAGGAAGAAGAAGAACGUAAAAAGAAAGAACAGCAGGAAAAAUUAAUCCGCGAAGAGGAGGAACGUAAACGAAAAGAAGAGGAAGAGAGACUGCAACGUGAGGAACAAGAGCGGAAAAAAAUAGAAGAAGAAGAGAAACUCAGACGAGAGGAGGAAGAACGUCAGAAACAAGAAGAAGCUGAAAAAUUGAGACAAGAAGAGGAACGGCAAAAACAAGAGGAGGAAAAGAAAUUAAAAGAAGAAGCACAGCGUAAGAAACAAGAGGCUGAGAAACUACAAUUAGAAGAAGAGGAACGUAAAAAGCAGGAAGCUGAGAAAUUAAGGCUAGAAGAAGAACAACGUAAAAAGAAAGAAGAGGAGGAAGAAAUGAGACAAAAGGAAGAAGAGCGCAUGAGAAAAGAAGAGGAAGAACGAUUGAAGCAUGAAGAGGAGGCACGUAAACAAAAAGAAGAAAAUGAGAAGUUAAAACAGGAGGAAGAACAACGCAAGAAAAAAGAGGAAGAAGAGAAAUUGAAGCAAGAGGAAGAACGUAAACAGAAAGAAGAAGCAGAAAAAUUAAAACAAGAAGAGGAGCUUAAGAAAAAAAAAGAAGCUGAGAAACUGAAACAAGAAGAAGAGCGCAAGAAGAAAGAGGAAGCAGAAAAAUUAAAACAAGAAGAAGAGCUUAAGAAAAAAGAAGAAGCUGAAAAACUAAAACAAGAAGAAGAGCGCAAGAAGAAAGAGGAAGCAGAAAAAUUAAAACAAGAAGAAGAGCUUAAGAAAAAAGAAGAAAAAAAGGAUGAAGAGGAAAGAUUAAAGCAAGAGGAAGAGCUUAAAAAGAAAGAAGAAGAGCUUAAAAAGAAAGAAGCUGAAAAAUUGAAACAAGAGGAAGAACGUAAGAAAAAGGAAGAAGAGGAAAAAUUAAAGCAGGAGGAAGAGCUUAAGAAGAAAGAAGAAGCUGAAAAAUUGAAACAAGAAGAAGAACGUAAGAAAAAGGAAGAAGAGGAAAGAUUAAAGCAAGAGGAAGAGCUUAAAAAGAAAGAAGAAGCUGAAAAAUUGAAACAAGAAGAAGAACGUAAGAAAAAGGAAGAAGAGGAAAGAUUAAAGCAAGAGGAAGAGCUUAAGAAGAAAGAAGAAGCUGAUAAAUUGAAACAAGAGAAAGCGCUUAAGAAGAAACAGAAAGCUGAAAAAUUAAAGCUAGAGGAAGAACGUAAGAAAAAGGAAGAAGAGAAAAAAUUGAAACAAGAGGAGGAGCAACGUAAGAGAAAGGAAGAAGAGGAAAAAUUAAAGCAAGAGGAAGAGCUAAAGAAGAAACAGGAAGCUGAAAAAUUGAAGCAAGAGAAAGAGCGUAUGAAAAAGGAAGAAGCUGAAAAAUUGAAACAGGAGGAAGAGCUUAAGAAGAAACAGGAAGCUGAAAAAUUGAUGCAAGAACAAGAGCGUAAGAAGAAAGAAGAAGCCGAGAAAUUGAAACAAGAAGAAGAACGUAAAAAAAAGGAGGAUGCCGAGAAAGCUCAACAAGAGAAAGAAGACAAAAAGAAAGACAGCACCAAACGUAAGAAAAAAGAAGCAGAAAAAUUGAAAUUGGAAGAGGAGGAACGAAAAAAGAAAGAGGAAGUUGAGAAACUGAAACAAGAAGAGGAACGCAAACAAAAAGAAGAAGCAGAAAAAUUGAAGCAAGAAGAUGAGCGACGGAAGAAAGAAGAAGAGGCUAUAAAAUUAAAAGAAGAAGAAGAGCGACAAGAGAAAGAAAGAGCCGAGAAGAAGAGACAAGAAGAAGAAGAAGAAUUACGUAGGAAGAAAGAAGAAAUUGAAAAAUCAAGAAAAGCUGAAUCGGACGCUUUGAAGCAAAGGGAAGAGAAGCUACGAAAGAAAAAGGAGGAACGGAAAUUACAACAAGAAGAAGAUGAACGCAAGGAACGCGAAGAAGCUGAAAAGCGAAAGAAAGAUCAAGAACAAAGGAGACGCGAGAGAGAGGAACGUGCUAAGAAGGAAGAGGAAGAGCGACUGAAACGUGAAGAAGAGGAUCGUAAGAAAAGAGAAGAAAGAACGAAAUUAAAGAGAGAGGAGGAAGAACGCAGAAAAGCUGAGGAAGCAGAAAGAUUAAAAAAAGAGGAAGAGAAAGAGAAACAACGGCGAGAAGAAACGAAACGUCGAAGAGAAGAACAGGAACAACAGAUAAGGCAGGAAGCGGAGAAAGUUAGAAAAGCUGAAGAAGAUCGUCUAAGAAAAGAAGACGAAACUCAAGAACGUAGGAGAAGAGAACGGGAACAGAGAAGACACGAGGAGGAAGCGAAAUUACGCGGAGAAGCAGAGGAAAGAAUUAGGAGAGAAGAAGAACGAAGAAGAAAAAGAAAGGAGGCUGAAAGGCAGAGGAAAGAAGACGAGGAAGCUAUUAGAAGGAAGGAAACCGAACGUUUAGAAAGAAGAAGAGCAGAGGAGCGUCUGAAAAGAGAAGAAACGGAACGUUUGAGACGGGAAGACGAAGAAAGGAGGCGCAGGAGGGACGCUGAAAGAGAAUUAAGAAGAGAAGAAGCUACACGCGCGAUAAAGGACGAAGAGGAACGUGUAAGGAGGCGACACGAAGAAGAAGCAUCCAGACUUCGUCAACGAAGACAAGAUCAGAUAAGAGACAGCACUUGGUCCAGGAUGCGACAGAGCGAAUCGGACCAAUUGUUCAGGAAAAUGGCGGACGAUGCACUCAGAAUUGGUGGAAGAACCAAGCCUAUCUCCUACGACGUAGAAUUUUGGCGAGAUAAACGAGACAAGUCUUAUCGAUACGACUCUGGUUUCGAUUCGGCACUUUCUAGCACUUCCAGAUCGUACAGUUGGAGGGAUUCGCUGACUUCUUUGACCAGGAAGAGGAUCGACGAUUUUCUUGAUUACAAGCUGAGGGAUACCUCGAUCGAUAGAUAUUACUUCGAUACAGGGUCGUAUUACAGGCGAAGAAGGAAGAGAGAUGACCAGAUAACUAGAGCUAGGUCCAUCAGUUUGUUGAAAUACGACGAUUAUUCGACUGGAGAUAGCGAUAGCACUAUUACACCUGCUAGCGUUAGCAAACCACCAAGAUACAGCAACAGGCUGAAGACAUCUUCGAGGACAGAUUUGGAUGAUCGUGGAUCGAAUCUCUCCAUAUACUUACCUCCCAUUAAAGACGAGCUCACACCGCGCGACAAGGGAAAGAAGCCAUCAUUUUGCACAAGGUUGACAAAUAGAACCGUAGGGGUUGGUAUGAGGACCAGGUUAACCUGCACCGUGCUCGGAUACCCGGAACCAAGGGUUUACUGGACCAGGGACGGCGAGAAGCUCGACGUAACUGCGAACAGAUAUAAAACUCGAUUCGAUAAUGGUAUGGCUUACUUUGAAUUGCACGAAGCACUCCCCGAAGAUUCUGGAUUGUAUACCUGUGUUGCCGAGAAUGUUCACGGAAUUGCGACUACCGAAUCCACGUUAAAAGUUUACCCUGAUUUCCAACCGGCAUUAUCACCUCCCACUUUCACGAAGUCUAUCAAGGACACCUAUCGGCCAUCUGACAAUGAGUUGAUCCUGGAAUGUCGAGUUCGUGGCCACCCAGUACCGAUCAUCUCCUGGUUGAAAGACGGUUGCAUUCUUCAAGGCGAUCGUUACAAGCAAUGCUACCUAGACGAUGGCAUCUAUCGAUUAGAGAUCGCUGCACCCAAUUCCACAGACAAUGGUCGAUAUACCUGCAGGGCUAUGAACGAUCUACGAACCGAGGAAAUAUCCCACAUUGUUCAAUUCAAUGAACGAGAACGUCGAAUCGUGGGUAAACGCGAUAAACUCCUCGACGACUACCUCAGCACCGAAACCUACAAAAGACCGCGGUUCUCCAGUUAUUUAAGCGACUACAGUGUUCCCACUGGCGGUACCAUUGCUUUGCAAGUCGAAGUCAAAGGUGUCCCUGCACCGGAAGUACGAUGGUUCCGCGGUGAAAGACGAGAGCCAGUGUCAAUCCCAAAAGCUAAAACGUUCACCGAAUCUGGCGUUCACACCUUGGUCUUGCCAGAAGUCACUGAAUCAGAAAGAGGCACCUAUAUCUGCAGAGCUAUCAAUGCUUAUGGCCACGUGGACAGUAUUGCCACUGUCGAUGUGAUAUCACCAAGCGCGAUCGAUGGCGGGAAACCCGCCAUGUUCGUUUCGAGACCCAUGGAAAAGUCGAUCACGGUUACCGCUGGGGAGGAUGUCAGUGUCUCGUUUAGGGCCACGGGAGUUCCCAAGCCUCGGGUCACAUGGAUGAAAGGGUUGAGAGAUAUCACGGAUGGCCCUCGAUCUCACAAGGAAACGAUCGAUGAUUAUGUCAGACUGACACUCAAGAGGGUGGUUCCUUCGGAUGAAGGCACUUACUGUAUUCUGGUUAAGAACAGAUACGGUUGUGAUAGAACCUUCUUCUCGAUCAAGGUGAAACAACGCGCCAGGUCACUGACACCUGACUGGAGCUCUAUGAGCAGUCGCACCGAGACCGGAAGUCUUAUUGGUCUGUCCAGCGAAAGUCGCGACGAUGAAUUAUCGUAUGUGAAAAAGAAUGUUCCAGGACCAAUUACCAGCGAACCAGUGGUGAUUAAUGGAGGAAAGAACUGGCUGUCUUUAAGUUGGGGAAAGGCUGAAAGGAGAGGACCUGCGCCUGUCAUCGCAUAUAGGGUGGAUGCUUGGAUGCUAGGCAGUGACGGUGGUGCAAGAUGGGUCGAGCUCGGUAUGACACCGAUAAACGCGUUCGACGCGUUCAAUCUGAAACCCGGUGGCGAGUACAAGUUCCAAGUUACCCCGAGGAAUCGCUAUGGAUGGGGCGAGUCCGUCACUAUGACGAACUCUGUCAAGGUCAGCGAGACCGUCGACCUUCCAGAAUUCACGAGGAUCCUGCCAGGUCAACUGAAAGUUCUCGAGGGUGCGACAGUCAAAUUAGAAUGCGAGAUUCGGGCUGAUUCGAAGGUGGACAUAAAAUGGUACCACGAGUCCACGGAAAUCGAUCCCAGCAUCGACGCAAGGUGCUCGAUCUCUCGCAGUGGGUCCAGGUGUUGCUUCACGAUCGAGAAGAUUCAGGAAAUCGACAGUGGCAGAUAUGUUUGCGAGGCCAGUAAUUCGGUUGGGAAGGUUUCAUCGUUCGCCAGGGUACUCGUCGUUAAUGACCCGAAGAUCAUCGAGGCCGAUGAGAAACUCAAGUCGAGAGCCUUGGGAGACGAAACGGAGGACAGACCACCGCAAUUCACAAUGAGAAUUCGUGACAGAAGGGUUCAAGCCUCGUAUCCAGUACGACUCACCUGUCAAUUGACAGGAUAUCCGACUCCAGAAGUCACCUGGUACAAGGAUGGUGUGGAGAUCCGUCAAGAUGAACGCCACGUGUUCUGGAACAACGACUCGAACUUCUACACCUUGGAGAUCAUUCACUCGAUGCUGGAAGACUCCGGAUGUUAUAUGGUAACGGCGAAGAACACUAAUGGCUCGGUGUCCUGUCGAUGUAAUCUAGUAGUAGACAAAGGAAUUCGCGCCUAUAUAGCUCCAGAAUUUUUAUGCGGCCUUGACUGUGCUUACACUGUGAAAUUAGGUGGAGAACUACGAAUGACAGCUCAAAUAGAGGCGUACCCCAGUGUCGGUAUCGUAUGGCACCGAGACGGAAUUCGUCUACGACCAAGCAGAAGAGCAGUGAUGACCUUGGACCACGAUGGCACCAUCGAGCUGUGUUUGGCCAAGGUCACCGCAAGGGAUGCUGGUGUAUAUUGCUGCACGGCUACGAACGAGGUUGGCUGUGCCGAGACAUCGACACGGGUGGCCAUUAUUGGCACUGAAACGCAGGAUGACGAGGUGUCCGUCGAAGGAGUGCCAACUGUGACGAUCGCGUCCACGCCAGACAUACCGUACUCGAAAGAACCCCUCUUCGUCACGAAACCACUAUCCACCGAGGCCAUAGAGGGCGAUACCGUCAUCAUAUCCUGCGAAGUAGUCGGCGAUCCUAAACCGGAAGUCAUGUGGCUGCGCGAUUUCCUCAGGCCUGAUUACUACAGGGACGCAGCCCACUUCCGGCUGGUCGGCGAAGGACCUCAGUACCGGCUGGAAAUACCGUACGCGAAACUCGACUUUACGGGAACGUACUCCGUAAUAGCGCGGAACUGUCAUGGGGAGGCCAAAGCCGUGAUUUCUUUGCAGAUCUACGCGAAAGGUCAAGGCAAGGAGGAGAAAAUGAAGAAAUCCGGGGUCAUACACGGGAAGGUGCUGACUUUGCCGGUAGUUACGAGGGAACUGCGAGAUCUCAGAUGCUGCGACGGAGACGCUGUUACCCUUGAAUGCAAAGUACAUGCUACACCCGAGGCGCCAUUAGUGCGUUGGGAACGUGGAGGAAAGAUUAUUCAAAUGGGUGGCGAUUUCUCCGCGGAAUUCGACGGAGAAACCGCUCGUCUGUGUAUCCAGCACGUUUAUCCGGAAGACGAGGGCGAGUACACCUGCGUGGCAUAUAACGACCUCGGGAAAGCAUUCACGUCGGCGUGCCUAAUAGUGGAUGUGCCCGAAGGGAAAGAAAAUGUUUUGAGCCAAAGAUUAACGAGACCAGCAGGACUUUUGUCAGCAGGAUCCACGCCGAGAUCGACACCACGAUCGACACCGAUCAGAAGCUUGUCACCAGCAGUAUCGCAUGGUCGAGAAUUAAGAUCCCCUCAGCUUCUUCCGCGAAGUAGGUCGAUGUCACGGCGGCCAAAGAUAAGUCCACCGAAAUUUUACGCGGUACCCCAUAAUCGAGUGGUCGAAGAAGGUGAAACUGUGCGAUUCCAGUGCGCUGUGAUUGGCCACCCGACACCGUGGGUAAAAUGGGACAAAAACGGUAUGAUCGUCACGCCAACCGCGAGGAUCUCGAUAAAGGAAAGAGACGAUGUGAAGAUAUUGGAAAUCGUCGAGGUCACUCAGGAAGACGCCGGAUUGUACAGAGUGAUCGUUGAGAACGAUUAUGGUCGUAUCGAAGCCAGUGCUCGCUUGGAAAUAAUAAAUCGUCAGUUGCUUGGAACAGUUGCUCGAUCCAUCAGGACCAGGAGUGCGUCGCCUAGGACGUACCCAUCCUUCAGCAGAAGUCUCCUGGACACGACUAGCAGGAUAAACGGAAGACUAUACCUCGAUUGCUGCGUCAGAGGAUCUCCUAGUCCAACACCAACGUGGUUCAGAAACGGGAGACCGUUGGAACGAUCGAUUCGAAUAAAAAGGUACUUCGAUGGUAAAACCGCGAAAGUCGAAAUUUCAAAAGUGAAAGCGAGCGACGCGGGUGAGUAUACCUGCGUGGCAACGAACGUCCUUGGUUCCACGAAGAAUACCUGUCAGGUGACCGUUCUAGAUCCUUACUGUCCGUCCACGUGUGACAAGGAAUCACCAAAAUUUCUCCAGUCCCUUCCAGCAGAGUCGAUCGUCAUGGAAGGUCACUGCUACGAACUUCAAACGAGACUUGCGGGUACACCGCCGUUCUCGGUGACAUGGUUGAAGGAUGGACGUGAGAUACCUGACAAUGAUUACUGUAAAUACGUCAUAUAUGGCGAUGGUGGCGUCGCUCUUAGACUGUCCAAUGUUUGUCCACAAGACGCCGGCGAGUACACUUGCCUCGUUCGCAAUAAUUUCGGGGAAGCAUCUAGCAAUGGCCUAUUCGUCGUUCAAGAUUAUAAAGGUAUACCGAAAUUGGCGCCACAGUUCACGAAAACACCGCAGUCAGUCGUGACGUCGAAAGGUGAGACUGCCUGUUUCUGUACUCGAGUGCAAUGUGGAAAACCCAUGGAGAUCACGUGGACGAUCAACGGGAAGGACGUCAGAGAAAAUUCAAGGUGCAAGGUUGAGAAAGACGAUAACGUUAGCAUUCUUAGGAUACACGACGUGCAACCGCGAGAUGUCGGCGAGAUUCGAUGCACAGCAUCCAUGGCUGGAAAAGGGCCAUCCAUCAGUUGCACGGCGGAGCUGCGACUGAAUCGAACGAUGGAUCACUUCGAAGAAUCAAAACAUCGCAAUACCUCGACCGAAAUUCGUAACGAGAAACCACCAAAGGGUCCCAACUGCACUCGUAACAGCUCCUUGCAGAAAAAUAUAAGGGAUGGCCCCUCGUUGUUACCUCGAAGAUACGAGUCACCAUCGCAAACCAGAGCAUCCUCGUUGCCUGUAAGAUGCACUCCAAGUCCCAGACAACCGUCUCCUUUAACUGCGAGGAAAAAUAUUCCACCGAGUCCAUUACUCGACACCAAGAAAGCAGUCAUAAAUAAAACGAACAAGAGGAAAGACCUUAGUUCGAAAAAGUUGGUUCGCAAAGUGACUCAGCGAGUGUACAGGAAACCUAACGAAGAAAGGACAUCCUCUUCUGACGAGGAAGCGAUUCAUGAUUCCAAUGAAAGAUCUUGCUUGAUGCCGAAAGGAACCAUCUCGAAAUUAAUGGAGAACAAGGAAGGACGCGCGAAGAGUACUUCGAAGAUGGCUGCUGAUCUCUGUAAGACUGAUAGCGAUACGAAGAGGAGCCAGGAUAACUGUAAUAAGUACGAUGACACGCCGAUAAUAUGCAUGGAACGUGCACCGGAAGAGACUGAGGAGGAGGAGCCUUCGGUUGCACCGAAGAGCGACGAAGACGUGACGAAAGAGGAGAAAGUUGGGACCAGGUCGGAGGAGUUCGUGGCAGCCGGUAUCGUGAAGGUGCCAGCUGACGUCACGGUUUUCCGAGGAAACAGGGUAGUCCUCAGGGUCACGUAUCGAGGCCAUCCGGAACCACGUGUCAAGUGGCUUCGAGCGGGUCGAGAGUUGACUCCGAAUAAAAAGACUGCGAUCACCUAUGGCGGUGGAGUGUCUUGCCUGGUAUCGGACGACGUCACCGCUGACAAUGCCGGGAAAUACGAAGUGUCCGUGGAAAAUAAACUGGGAAAGGAUCGAAGAUGCUUCAGCGUUGCUGUCGAAGGUCCGCCCGACCCACCAGCGGGAAUUCCAACCAUAUGCUGUUCCACGGGAGCAGCGACCAUCAAUUGGCGAUCGUCUCCUUACGAUGGCGGUUGCACGGUUACCGGUUACACCGUGGAAAUGAACCGUGCAGGUGAAAACACUUGGAUGACGAUAGCAGAAUCCUGUCUCUCGCUGAGUCUCACGGUGCCAGCUCUUGAGACAGACGCUGUGAUACCCGGUGAAAGAUAUCGGUUCCGCGUGAGAGCUGAAAAUAUUCACGGUGUGAGCGAACCCGGCGACGAGUCGGAAUUCGUGAGAAUUCCGAAGGAGGGAGAAACGUGUUUGCAGGACGACGAAGGAGAAUUCGUACCACCGUUCGAAGCUCGGAUAGUGGAAAUGGAGGACGGACAACUGUUCAAUGACCGUUACGAGGUAUUGGAAGAAUUGGGCAAAGGUCGAUACGGAACCGUCAGAAGAGUGAUCGAAAAGAGUUCGGAUACGAGUUUCGCGGCCAAAUUCGUGAGGACUAUCAAAACGAAGGAUCGAGCGCAAGUUCGAGAAGAAAUCAGGAUCAUGAACAUGUUGCGACAUCCGAAACUCCUCCUUCUGGCGGCUGCUUUCGAGAGUCCUCGAGAGAUCGUGAUGGUCACGGAAUAUAUUUCUGGGGGCGAACUGUUCGAGAGGGUCGUCGCUGACGAUUUUACCCUGACUGAAAGAGACAGCAUACUGUUCAUGAGGCAAAUCUGCGAAGGUGUCGAAUAUAUGCAUCAGAACAAAGUGGUACACUUGGACUUAAAGCCAGAGAAUAUAAUGUGCAGAACACGAACUUCCCACCAGAUCAAGCUGAUCGACUUUGGCCUGGCUCAGACUCUAAAGCCAGACACACCGAUCAGAGUCCUCUUCGGCACUCCGGAAUUCAUUCCACCAGAAAUUAUAAGUUACGAGCCGAUCGGCACCGAGUCUGACAUGUGGAGCGUCGGUGUCAUCUGCUACGUCCUCUUAACCGGUUUGUCGCCGUUCAUGGGCGAUAAUGACGCCGAAACCUUUGCCAACAUCACGCGAGCUGACUAUGAUCUGGAGGAUGAGGCCUUCGAUGCGAUUUCAAACGACGCUAAGGACUUUAUUAGCGGUCUGCUUGUGAAACGAAAAGAAUCCCGGAUGUCGGCGAGAGAGUGUUUAGAGCAUCCUUGGAUGGCGCAACACGCGGAAGCUAUGAGUAGGAUAGCCUUGCCGACAGAAAAGCUGAAGAAAUUCAUCGUACGAAGAAAGUGGCAGAAAACAGGAAACGCCAUUCGUGCACUUGGAAGGAUGGCAAUCCUUUCGGCGAACAGCAGACGAAGUCCAACUGCGACCGCGGAGUCUUCACCUACGUCGGAUCCUCCGAAUCCCAUCGACUCAGCAGCCCGAUCGAUCGAUUUCGAGGCUUCUCCCGAAGAACAAAAGCUAUGUGACAUUGAGAAUAUAAUAGAGAAGAACGGCACAAGUCCGACAGAGCUAGACACCCGAGAGGGAAACGCGUAUUCCUUCUGUUACAAGACAGAGACGAACCUUUUGCCGGACGAAACGUUAGACUCGCACGUAAAAGAGGAAACAAGCUUACUUUCGGACCUUGACGAGUCGUUGAAAAAUGAACCGACGACGGAUCACGCUGGAUCGUGUUCUCCGAGAAAUGAAUCCGGAGGAACCUUAGAAACUGACACCACUGAGGAGGCUGAGGUCCAAAGUGAAGUUUACUCGGACACACUACUUCCUAUGGAGAGGAUCGAAGAGGAAACGGAGAUCGUCACUCGAUGUCAAUUCGAGGAACGUAUCUCGAUAACGGAAGAGACCUCGAUCGUGACGAACGUAAACAUCGAAGAGAAAAGUUUAAUCGACUUCGAAGAUGAAACUUGUGAAAAUCUCCUUCGAGAUGAGAUCACUUCGAAAACGACGAUCAACGAUGAGACCAAUUUCUCCGAAUCGAGCAAACGGGGUACGGCAUGGAACGAUGAAGAAAAGGGAAUGAAAGAGGAAGUUGUUGUGGAAAUCGAAAAAGAGUUGAAGGAUAAAAUGGAUCAAGAAGCUAAAGUAAAUUCACAAAAGUCUCGUCGAGUCUUCAGAGGCGACUCGCGUGAUUCUGGAAUCGGGGACUGUAUCUCGAACUUGUCCACCUCUUCGCAGCAAGUAAACGAACUGGGUAUUUCGGCGAUCAAAGAAGAGGAGGUGGACAAUGAGAAUAAUAGCGGGAAUCUUAAAAGCGUGUUGCAAAAGGUGGAGCAGUUCGAAAAUCGCAGGACGUCACUCGAAGAAAUGAACGAGACGUCGAACAAUGCUGGAAACGUGGAGGUUUCGGAUCCAAAGAAACAUACCAAAGGAAAUAUCGAGGUAGCUACGCUGAGUGGUGUAACUAAAGCUUCGCGUGAUAUUAAUCGGCAGUCUGAAGUGUCCAGUGAAAUUGAGGACCCAAGGUUAUUAAUCGGAAGAAUACGAAGCAAGUUCGUUCCGACCGGAAACGUGAGUCGUACCGCCAAACUGUUCGAAAAAGAGGCAGCAGCAUCGAAAUCACCGACGAACGUUUCUCAGGUAUCGCAACGCGCCUUUCCCGCCGUCCCAAUGACAGCUGGGAAACCUCAUAACGAGAGGAUACAAAAGGCUUUCGCCUUUUGGAAUAAAUAGACAGUGGACAAAUACAAUGGAAUCAUCGUCGAUGACAUUCGAAAACUAAUCGGUAUUCUUCACGUCGGUAUUUUUAUCAUCAAAUUCAUAAAUUCGAAGAUAUUUUAAAUCUACUAUAUUAGAUAUACGACUGAAACUCUACGCGGUAUUAUACAUAGGUGUCAUU